CACCCACAUUGCACCCUCCCCAGUAUCGUAUUUAGACUUUACUGCAGAGAGAGCGACUUCUAUCCCUUAAUUUCUAUUGUUCUUCAGAUGCAAUAGAAACCAAAGCGGAAAUGAACAAGCACCAAGAACAGCUCCUGCCAUCUUCCAUGUUACUCUUCCCUCCUCGUUCCAAACAUCUCAGCCUUCUCUUAGCUUUGCUUCUCUUUGGCUUUGGCUUUGCUGUCGGUAUCUUUUCGAGCUUCUACCUCCAGACGACUCCGUUUUCUCUUUCGAUGGCACAACUUCUCCUGCAACCUUCAGCUCCAUCUCAAUCAGCGGUAUCAGCAUCCUCGCCACCUCGAAGCGUUUCUGCUAAGCCACGCAUCGGGCUGAAGGAAUUCGUUGAGCCAGAUGUGAUCCUGCAUGACAUGACCGACGAGGAGUUGCUAUGGAGGGCAUCCAUGAUUCCAAAGAUCCAAAAGCGCCCAUUUAGUCGUCCACCGAAGGUGGCGUUCCUGUUUCUUACCAAGGGUCAUCUCCCCCUUGCUCCUCUGUGGGAGAAGUUCUUCGAGGGGAAUGAAGGGUUCUACUCCAUCUACGUGCACGCGAGUCCACUUAAUGGGUCAGCACCCAAGGGAUCGGUCUUCCAUGGGAGAAGAGUUCCCAGUAAGGCCGUACAAUGGGGAGGGAUGAACAUGAUGGAAGCUGAGCGUCGUCUCUUAGCCAAUGCACUGCUUGACGUCUCAAACCAGCGUUUCGUUCUUCUUUCUGAAGCCUGCAUUCCUCUCUUCAACUUCCCCACCAUUUACUCCUACCUAAUCAACUCCACCAAGAUCUACGUUCAGGCAUAUGAUUUACCAGGUCCUACCGGCCGCGGUAGGUACAUGAAGAAGAUGAAACCACUGCUGAAGCUGGAGCAAUGGCGCAAGGGAUCCCAGUGGUUCGAGGUGGACCGCGGCCUAGCCAUCGAGGUUAUCUCGGAUGACGAGUACUUCCCACUCUUCCAGAGACACUGUACAUCCUCAUGCUUUGCUGAUGAACACUACUUGGCAACUCACGUGAGUGUGAGAUUUCCGGGGAGGACUGCAAACAGGAGCUUGACAUGGGUUGACUGGUCGAAGGGUGGGCCACACCCAGCUAGAUUUUUGAGAAGGGAUGUCACGGUCGAAUUAUUGGAGAGGAUGAGGAAUGGGAGUUCCUGCAGGUACAAUGGCCGGAGCACGAGGAUUUGCUUCUUAUUCGCCAGGAAGUUCUUGCCAAAUUCUUUGGUUCGGUUGAUGAGAUUUGCUCCAAAACUCAUGGAUUUCAAGCAGAGAUAUGAAGGAAGAAGAAGGGGUUGAUCCAUUAAAUGCCCAGAAGAAUGUUAUUGUGCAAGUAGGUGAUUCUUUCGGUACUGGAUAAUGUUAAAAAAAGGAUAUUGAUUAAAUGAUGACACAAAGAUGCAUUACCGUUCCAUUUAGAUCUCGACGACGUAAAUAAGUAGGGUGUACGUAAUUGGACCAGAUUGGAUUCUGUGGAGACACCAUGGCGCUCGUGGCAUGCGUACAUAGUCGUCGAUUGGGGUCACGGGCGUCAUAAUCGCAGAGAUGGAUGGAUCGUCACAUUAUGGGAUGCUUAUUGUUGGUGGAAAGCAUACGGAGUUCACCUACGAUGACGGCUUCGGCUUUCCAACAGGCCACUCCUCGAAUCUGUUUUGUCGGUAUCUGAUCUCUCCUCUCACGAGCACUCAUUCUAAGAAUCUUACUGUUGUUACUCGCAAGUAGACAGACUACUCUUUUAUGUGCAGUGCAGUCUAUUUACGUUCAGCAAAAGAAACAAUUUGAUGGCCCCUCACUGUUGUUCUUCAACUCAAUGGCCUUUGAGGUGCACAAAGACCCUAAAGUUUGCAACGAAGACAAGUGUUUUUUACUGAACGUAUCGGCCUUUGAGGAACAAAUCUAUCUACCCAUUUCUUCGUUAUCCACAAUUCUUUGACCACAAUGACAGCUAAAGGGCGAAAUAAAUAAACAUGGCCGAGGCAACGGCUUCACCUCUGCAGGCUGUGCCUCUGCUUAGACUGUAACACAGCUCCCGAAGUGUCCGUAGGUCCCUUUUCCCUCGGCUUAUUCAAUC